UCUUCUCCCCUGCGAGGUCGAUUUCGCGAACGAGAUCAUGGCGAACCUGAAUUCAUCGUUCUUACUUUUUCUCUCUCUAAACUUGUUCCAUAUAUUUCACACAGCCAUCGCCAGAGGCGGUGAACGUGAUUCAGGUUUUGUGGACAAAACAUAUGCUGCUUCAGGAAGGCAUUUGUUCGGGGAAAACCACUUUCAGAAACUUAAUACUUUAGCUCAUGGGUAUAUGACUAAUUCUGAUCUUGAGAAGGCUAUCAAGGCAUUCCAUGGUAGAUGUGGUCACUUAUCCAGGAUAUACAGUAUUGGGAAAAGUGUGUUGGGAGUUCCACUGUGGGUGAUGGAAAUUUCUAAUAAUCCUGGGAAGGAAGAGGCCAAGCCUGCUUUCAAGUUUAUUGGGAAUGUGCAUGGAGAUGAACCUGUAGGCCGUGAACUUCUCUUACUUCUAGCAAAUUGGCUGUGCGACAAUUAUAUGAAGAACCCCUUGGCGACAUUGAUAGUAGAGAAGGUGCACCUUCACAUCCUUCCAUCGAUGAAUCCUGAUGGGUUUUCACUAAGAAGGCGCGGUAAUGCAAAGGGCAUUGAUCUCAAUCGUGAUUUUCCGGACCAGUUCUUUCCAAUGAAUGAUGAUUUCAACAAAAGACAACCUGAGACAAAAGCGAUCAUGAAAUGGAUAAAAGAGAUGCGUUUCACUGCCUCUGCUAGUCUUCAUGGGGGAGCACUUGUUGCAAAUUAUCCAUGGGAUGGGACCGAGGAUAAAAGCAAAAGUUACUAUGCUUGUCCUGAUGAUGAAGCGUUCAGAUAUAUGGCAAAGUUGUAUAGCCACUCUCACCAUAACAUGUCUCGUAGCAAAGAAUUUGAAGAAGGAAUAACCAAUGGGGCUCACUGGUAUCCCAUAUAUGGCGGCAUGCAAGACUGGAACUACAUUUAUGGUGGCUGUUUUGAACUGACCUUGGAGAUCAGCGACAACAAAUGGCCUCCUGCUAAUGAGCUUCGCAUGAUAUGGCAAUACAACAAAAUGAGCAUGCUUGAUCUUGUUGCAAGCGUUGUGAAGUCAGGAGUACAUGGAAGGAUCUUUUCAUCAGAUUGUGGAGAGCCUUUGCCUGCAAAUAUUGCAAUAAAGGGUAUAAAUUACACGAUUAAAGCGAGUGAAAAAUUAGCUGAUUAUCAUCGAUUACUGGUCCCUGGACAACAAUAUGAAGUUAUGGCAAUGAUGCCCGGUUACAAAAAACGGACCACAACCAUUGUAAUGGGCGAUGAACCAAUGACGGUGGAUUUCAUACUCGAACCUGACAUCUCUCUCUCGAGCAGUUUUCUUCCAAAUCACUGCAGCAACAGGAGCAGUCUGAAAAUAUUCAAACUUGUAUCCAAGCCCCAUCUGCAGGUAUUUCUAACUUUAGUCUUAAUUAUUGCUUUUCUUUGUUUCCUAAUGAAACGGAAAGCGAUCGUUAACCAUUUCAAAGUGCGGAAGUCGGUAGGACAAAGACGAGUGUCCGCGGUAUAAGAUUCACACUGUUUUACCUUAUAAGAAAGAACCACAAAGAGUGUACAAUUUGUUUCUAUACAUAUGCACAUCUAUUGUUAUAUGAAGUUUGCAUUACACAUGAGAAUGAAUCUAAAGGAUUGGGUUCGAGUUUGUC